AUGAAGCUCUUGACGCUCAUCCCUGCUCUGUCGGUCUUGCUCACCGGGGCGGCUGCCUUCCCUUCCUAUGCCGACCUGAGCAAAGUCGACUACUCUGCUUUCCUCGAAAAGGCCGCCCAGAUCAAGGGAGGCAAGGAGCUCAUCAAGCGAGCCACCAACGACAGCAACGCUACUGGCUUCGAGCAACGAACCUUCCACGCUCUCAUUGAUCCCGCCAGCUUCAAGUUCGAUGCCAAAGCGCAGUACAUCGACCUGACUUCGGACGAGCACAAGUUCAUCCCUCCGGGACCCAACGAUAUCCGCGGUCCCUGUCCUGGUCUCAACCUGCUGGCCAACCAUGGUUACCUCAACCGCAACGGUGUGACCAACCUGGCCCAGGGAAUCGAUGCCAUCGGCAAAGUGUUCGGUGUUGAAGCCGACCUUGGCCUCGCCCUGAACGCCUAUGCUGUGGUGUUCAACGGCAACAUCCUCGAUCUCACCUGGUCGAUCGGUGGUCCCUACCAGUCUCAAGGCCUUGGCAAGGUGACGGACAUCCUCCUCGGUCCUCCCGGCGGUAUCAACGCCCACAACAUCUAUGAGGGAGACGCCUCCAUCGUUCGUCAGGACUACUACCAGCCCGGUGCCAACCACGACAAUGUCCAGGUGCACCUGCCUUACUUCCAGGACCUGCUCGAUCUGGGCAACAACGACCAGACCGAGGACAAGGACGUCUACACGGCCGAGCUGAUGCUGCAGCACAAGUCGAACCGCUGGCACCAGUCGGUGGCGGUCAACCCGCUGUUCUUCAACUCGGCCUUCGGUGGUCUUGUGGUGACGACGGCUGCUGAGCGCUUCGUUGCUGAAUUUGCUGCCAACAACACGGCCGAUGCCAACGGCUACAACCGUCUCUACCUGGACGAGAAGAACCUGCUUGCCUUCUUCUCCGUCGAGCGAACCGAUUCGGGCCUCAAGUACACGCCUGGUCACGAGCACCUGAUUCCUGGUUGGACGCGUCGACCUCUGGCGGCCACGUUCGGUCUCGACGAUAUUGUUCUCACCCUUCUCCACGCCGCCGCUAUCGACCCGUCCCUGCUCAGCGUCGGAGGUAACGCCGGUCAGGUCAACACCUUCACCGGUGUCGAUGUCGGCAACCUCACCGGUGGCGUGUACAACUUCGAGACCCUCUCCAAGGACCCCCAGGCGCUUGCCUGCUACCUGUACCAGAUCGGCAUCGAACAGCUCGUACCGACCCAGAUCAACCUGCUCUACAAGGUCGCUGGUACCGCGCUCGACUUUGUCGCCAAGAACCUCAAGGGACCCUGGCAACGACUCGCCACCGCCGGCAACAACCCUUGCAACAGCUUCAACUCGAACAUCGCCGCAGCAUACAACCAGUACCCGGGUGCCAAGAUCGAGACGACCAACGGUGGAAGUGGCAUCCUGCCCAAGGUGCUUGGUGGCCUCGGGCUCAGGAAGCGCCGUGUCGGUGCGUUCAAGUAA